UAUUACAAAAUGAAAUAUUUACUCCUUAUUUCUUUGUGUAUCAUAUCCUGAUUCUGAGCUAGUCCAAUUGAAGAACUGACGUUAUCAGAGGAAUUUAGCUUAUCUAACAUCUAUUCAUACUUGUUCGAGGAACCGAAUAGACCAACUGUGGAAGCAGAUGACAAGACAAGAUUCUUUGUGAUCGGAGACUUUGGUACGUUGGCAGGAUAUUAUGGGUUAAGAAAGGCAUCCUUAAUAAUGGAGAGUCUUGCUGCCAAGCAAAAUUAUUCACAUAUUAUCACUGCUGGAGAUAAUUUUUAUAUUAUGGGAAUUCCGAAUAUCAACUUCAGACUUCAUCCUUGGCUAGUAACUAGUGUAUACAGGAGAGACUACAUCGGUCAACUAAAGAUCUAUCCCACUCUAGGAAACCACGACUGUCAUUCAGAUUAUAGAAACGAAAUCUUAUACAGCCAAUAUAACGAUCAAUGGGAAAUGGAAAGCGAUUACUAUGAACUCAGCACUCCUCUCAAUGAUGGCUCUGGCAAAAACUUUGUUAAUCUCAUGCUUAAUACUUGCAAACUCCUUUGUGCUGAAGGAAAUAGAACAGGUCAGCACUAUUGCGAGUCCUUGCACACAGAAAUAGGAUCUCCUCCUGUAGUAGAGCAUUAUGAAUGGCUUGAAGCUAAACUUAAAGAGCACUCUACUAAAAAUACCACUGCAUGGCUUGCAGUAACUAUCCAUCAUCCUCCAUUCACUAAUGGUAGUUUGAAGCAAUAUUUCCUUCCUCUGGUUAGGAAAUAUAAGGUCGACUUCAUGUUUGUGGGUCACGAGCACUGGGCUGAAUACUCAAAUAUGGAUCCUUCAGAUGUGAUCAAACUAGAAGGAGAUACUGGAGAUGUGAUCAAUGAUUGUCCUAAAGGAACUGACGAGAUACUCAUUAAGGAAGAGAGGGAGCAUACUUUUAAGAAAGGAGAGAAAUUACAUCAAUUUGUUGGAGGAAACAGCGGUACUUUCCUUAGACAUAUUUGUCCUCUCAAACAGCAAGACGGUGAUCUUUAUUUCAAGAAUAAACAAUAUAAUGGAAUCAUGUCUGUAGAAGCCACUAGUAAAGAAGCUACUAUCAAUUUCCACAAGACUAGGGACGAUAUUGUGUAUCAGAUCCAUGUAACCAAUGAAUAA